GCGCGCUCCGCCGGGUCUCUCCCUCCGCUCUGAGGCCCGCCCGCGGGGCCGGCCGCCUGUCAGAGGGAGGUGGCGAUGGUGCGCCCGGUGGCGGCAGUGGCGGCGACGGCUUCCAUGGUCGGACGGCAGGGAGGAGAAGAUGACUGACCGACCGACCGCAUGAAUGAAUGAAUGGCGGAGCCGAGCGCGCCAUGAGGAGCCUGCCGAGCCUGGGCGGCCUCGCCCUGUUGUGUUGCGCGGCGGCCGCCGCCGCUUCAGCUGCCUCGGCUGGGAAUGUCACCGGCGGCGGCGGGGCGGAGGGGCAGGUGGUCCUGUCGCCCACCCCGGGGCUGCGGGACCAAACCAGCCACCCCUUCCCGAAGGCCGCGGCUCCCACGGCGCAGGCCCCGCGGAGCGGCCCCCCGCGCAACAGUGUCCGCAGAGCCGGGGCUGCGACCCAGCCAGCCGGCUCCCCGGAGACCACCCCUCUCCGCCCCACCGCGCCACCCGCUGCCACCACCUUCCCGGUUCUAGGCCCUUCGCCCGCCACCCCUUUGGAGGAGGGACGCAGUCCCGCCACCGAGCCACCACCCUCCGGACCCGCGCCCAGCACUCUUGAGAGCACAACUGGCCAGGUGCCGACCACCCCCAUAGUCAUCACCGCUCAGGCGCCUAGCACUGCCGGGACCCCGACUGCCGAGUCCUGGAACAGCAGCAGCCUCAGCAGCGUCCCGCCCACCGCACCUGCCACCGAAGCCCCUGCGCCUCCUCCCCCAGAGUAUUUGUGUAACUGUUCUGAGGUUGGAAGCUUGGAUGUGAAGCGCUGCAACCAGACAUCAGGGCAGUGUGAGUGUCAUCCAGGUUAUCAGGGACUUCAUUGUGAAACCUGCAAAGAGGGCUUUUACCUCAAUCACACUGUUGGUCUCUGUCUGCCAUGUCACUGCAGUCCACAUGGAUCUCUUAGCAUCCUGUGCAACAG